UCUAAAUAUCUUACGAGUAGGUCUUACAGAACAUAUACCAAUGGAUUUUAAUAUGAAGGAAAUGAUCACAAAAAAUUAAUGUUAUCUUAUCGCGUAUCUACUUAUUUUGAUAAGUUUUGAUGCUUCUACGAACAGUUUUUUGUUAUAUUUAUAAAUGAGUGGAUGUCGUGGUACUCUCUAAAUAAAAAUUGUAAAAAUGAAGGUUGUGGUGAAAAGUGUAUUUAAAGAGAAUGAAUUUGACGCUAAGGAUGGAAUGAGAGGUGCCCAAAUAUUGGAUAUUCUUCUUAGAAAUGAAGGUAUCGUCGAAACUUGGUAUUUCGGUUUGAUGUAUUUACAGGAUAACGAGGAGGUGUGGAUUGAUAAGUCCAAAAAGCCAAUCAGAGAACUAAAACAAAAUGCCCAAAAGUUGAUAUUCAAGGUUAAAUUUUUCCCGGAAGAUGUAGGGGAAGAGCUUCUGGAGGAAGUAACAAUGAAUUUUUUCUUUGAGCAACUAAAGGGUGAAAUACUUAGAGAGGAAAUAUUUUGUUCGGGUACCACCGCUGUUUUGUUAGCUUCCUUAAUCCUACAAGUCAAAUACGGCGAUUAUUCAGAAGACAAAGAAAAUAAAAUUAGAGUGGAUAGACUAUUGCCUAAAAGGAUAUUGAAUGAACAGAAAAUGGGCGAUUCAGAUUGGAUAAAAAAUUUAACCAAUAUGUGGACCAAACAUGAGGGUUUAGAUAAAGAAGAUGCCUUAAUGGAAUACUUAAAAAUUGUCCAAAAUUUGGACAUGUAUGGUGUAAAAUACUUUCCAAUUACUAACAAAAAAGGUACCCAAGUGCUCCUCGGAAUAACCGCAUAUGGGCUAAACAUUUACGAAGAAAGCAACAAAUUGACACCUAAAAUUAAUUUCCCUUGGUCGGAAAUUAAGCAACUGAAAUUUAAAGAUAGAAAAUUUAUAAUUCAACUUGUAGACACAGAAGCAAAAGAUUUUGUUUUCAUGACACGUUCACCAAAAACUAGUAAAAUAAUUUUGAAUUUAGGCGUUGGCAAUCACAUGUUGUAUGUGAAACGACGCAAGCCUGACUCUCCCGAAUUAGCCAAACUUAAGGAAAAGGCUCGCUUACAUAGGGAACAUAAAGCAAUCCAAAAACAAAAGUUGAACAGUGAAAAGGCUCUUCGCGAAGAGCUUCAAAAACGAGAAAAAGAUUUGAUGAUUAGACUUCAACAAUUACAAGAAGAAAGGGAUAACAAAAAUAAAGACUUAUUGGAAGCACAAGAACGAAUUGCAAAAUUGACUCAACAAUUGGAAGAAUUACAAAGAAAUAAGGAAAUCUUAGAACAACAAAGAAAUGAACUGAAUGAAAUGAUGAAGAAACUUGAACAGGAGCACACAAUGGAAGCUAUGGAAAGAGAAAAGUUACAAGAAGAAAUUCGGUCUAAACAAGAGGAAAUCGCUAAAAGGGAUGCCGAAACCAGACGACUACAAGAGGAAGUUGAAGAGGCGAAGAGAAAAGAGGAGGAGGCGCGUCAACAGCAAAUGGAGGAAGCGCGUAGGGCAGAAGAGGAAAGAAAACGUUGGGAAGAGGAACAGGAGGAAAAAUUGAGACAAGCCGAAGCCCAGGCUCAAGCCCAAGCACAAGCUAAAGUCGAAGAUUUGCCCGAAGUCAAUAUUAAGGAAGAUCUUCAGGAACAACUGAGGAUUUUGCAAGCGCAACUUGAUGCAACGAAGAAAGCGGAUGGGGUGGAGACCCAAGAAGAAAAAAUUCAUCGUCAAAAUGUGGCAGAGGGAAGAGACAAAUUCAAGACUUUGAAAAACAUUCGUUCAGGAAACACGAAACGUCGUACCGAUAUGUUCGAAAACAUGUAAAAUAAAUAUGUACACUCGAUGCAUAAUUAUUUAUAUAAAUUGUAGAUAUA